UGGACUGUCUUGGCUACAAGUUGCUACAGAAGCUGGAGACGAUAUUCAAUAUCGUGUGCUAUCGCAACUAGGCACCCGAGAACUCUCAUCCGCUUCGGCGAUUUGAACUUUAUCUCAUACUAAACUUCGUGCUCGGUAUCUGUAUAUCGCUCUCCGACCGUAUUUAUCCUCUCGUUAAUCACUCGUCCGCAUUUUUUUUGCCCUCGCAAUCCUCUUCGGGUCCCAAUGUUUUCUUUUAUUUCAGUCCCGCUAUACCAUUCAAUUUCAUAAUUCUAUCCUCUCUGUCUUCGUUUAUCAUUAAUUUUGUCAAAUUGUCAUGAAUUCUGACGGCAAUGACUCUUGAUCGAUACAAUUUUAGAUUUAUCAAUUUUUCAUGAAACGAAAUGUUAUUUUUUUACUGUGUUUCAACAUUUUCCAUCGCAGUGUGUACGGAUCUUAUGAUAGAAUUUCUCGAGGUUGCAUUCAAUAAUAUCCUCUACUCGAGGAAGCUUUAUCCGAGCGAGGCGUUCACUGAAAAAAAAAUAUACUCGACGGCAUCGCAUUUUUGUCAACAUCCAGAAGUCAACGAGUAUCUAAAAAAUGUACUGAAAGCUAUCAAAAUAAUGGUCGCCUCAGAUCCAGAUACCGGUGUAACAGUCAAUUUCACCAUAUUCGAUGAUCAAAAGGUUCCUAUCGAAAAAUAUGUUUUCAAUAUAUACACCGCCGAAAAUGGCCGCCCGUUGGAAGAGGAUCCUUACUUUUUCAAAACGGAGGAUCACAUCAGAGCGAUCUGUCUAAAACUAUGCAUGGCAACGUCGUAUUUGACAUUGUUGCCGGACAACUCGAGCUUUACAGUAGAAGUCGAAUCUUCGCAAGGAGCAUACGUUGCUUUAACCAAUAAAGAUACAUUUCAAAAUUUUCCGUGGAUGUUGAGGGAGCGCGGAUCGGUCGUCAAUCUUGACUCUGCUUUACUUCCGUUAACGUGUGUCAAAAGUGAAUCUCUCGGAAUCGAAUGUUAUAUUUUGAAAAAUAAAGUGCCUUCGUAACUGUA